AUGACCCCCUUCUCACCCCCUCCCACACCUGUGCUGGGAAACCUUUCCCAGGGCUUUGGUUCUAUCCAGGACCGGGAAGGCGAGAGUGGGGGUCUGAUUCCACUACCACCACCCCAGUCCUUGGACUGUCACGUUGCCAGCAGAAGCAUCAGCAGCUGUGACCAGCUCCUGCCCUUACGUCAUGAUCUGUUCAUCAGUGCCCACAAAGACUGCCCCAGGCCACAGGGCACAGCCCUCCUGAAUCGGGAUCUGCCCUCCAGCCCUCAUCCACCUGUCAUGGCUCCAGACCGUGUUGCUGGCAAGGACAAGCAGAUGGAUUUCUGUUGGGAUCCGUGGCAGAGGUGCUUCCAGACCACCAACGGCUACAUAUCCGACUCUAGAGCCUGCCCCAGCAACUACAGUGUGGCUGCCCUGGCCACCUCAUCCCUUGUGGGGGUGGUACAGAGCAUGAAGGACCACAUCACAAAGCCCACAGCCAUGGCUCGCGGCCGAGUGGCUCACCUCAUCGAGUGGAAAGGUUGGAGCGCCCAGCAGUCAGGCUGGGAGCUGUCCCCAGCCGAGGACGACCAUUACUGCUGUCUCCCUGAUGAGCUGCGUGAGGCCCGCUUUGCUGCAGGUGUCGCGGAGCAGUUUGCUAUCACGGAGGCCACUCUGAGUGCCUGGUCCUCCCUGGAUGACGAAGAAAUGCAGCCAGAGGACAGUACCCAGGGCGCCUUCCAGCUUCAAGACCUGGAGAGCGUCUACCUUCAGGACAGCCUCCUGAGUGGCCCUUCACAGGAUGACAGCCUCCUAGCCUGCUCCCCUGGCCUCACCCUCGAUGACGGCUGGCCCUCACCGGAGGAACCCCCUAGCCCCACCCAGCAGCAUCGGCAGCGACUGCCAGGGGCUCAGGGGCCUGGUGGCGGGGCCCAUUUACAUGGUUCCCUGCCAUCAGUGGACAGUGGCUCUCUCUCAGAAGAGGAGGAUGAAGUGUUCUAUAACUGAGGCCAGCCGGUGUCUGCACACCUUGCUGGGAGCCCAGCUGUACCACGGCAUCGGUCCAGUACUGGGCAUCUCUUGA